AUGAAGAAGGCAUAUGACUUCCUGAUCAAAAUGAAUUAUGUGCCUCAGCCCCAGCAAGACCAGCCCCAGCAAGACCAGCCCCAGCAAGACCAGUCCCAGCAAGACCAGCCCCUCCAGCAAGACCAGCCCCUCCAGCAAGACCAGCCCCAGCAAGACCAGCCCCUCCAGCAAGACCAGUCCCAGCAAGACCAGCCCCUCCAGCAAGACCAGCCCCUCCAGCAAGACCAGCCCCAGCAAGACCAGUCCCAGCAAGACCAGCUCAUACUCCUAGACCAGCUCCAGCAAGAUCAGCCCCUCCACAUUGACCAGCCCCAGCAAUACCAGCCCCUCCACAUAGACCAGCCCCAGCAAGACCCUCCCCUCCACCUAGUCCAGCCCCAGAAAGACCAGCCCCUGCCCCUAGACCAGCUAUUCCCACAAGACCAGCCUACCCCAGCAGACCAACAAAUAAUUACAAUAGAAUUAUUUACGGUCGACUCUCAGGCUCAGCAGUAUGUGGAGCCUCUACCACCCAGGAAAAGACAAACCCCACUAUCCACCCCGGGGCUACCAUCCACCCUAGGCCAAAACAGACGAGCCCCACCAUCCAUCCAACCUCAACUAAAGAAAAGACAAACCCCACUAUCCACCCCAGGCCUACCACCCACCCUAGGCCAAGACAGACGAGCCCCACUAUCUAUCCAACCUCAACUAAAGAAAAGACAAACCACAGGUACAGGAGCCACACAAGCCCCACCCUCUACCCUGGCCAAAAAGAAGAAAACAAAAAGUUGCAAAUGCAGUCGACAGACAAUUUAUCCGUAUGAUAAAAUAUUGGAAAGACGGAUGAAUGAGGGGAAGGCAGCAGAGGUCAAAGUACGCUGGCUACCUUGUUCUUCCUGUGGCAGAGUCUGGGAGGACACCUGGGAGCCGGCCAGCAAAUUCGCCUGAUGACCAAUACUG